AUGAACACUCCCCUUUUACCAAUAGCCCCUGCACCCUCACCUUCCACUUCCACCAUCAUCGCCCGCCUCACCUUCUUUCUCGUCCUCGCCGCCACCUCCCUCUGGGCCAACCACCAAUCCUCCAAUCUCCCCUUCUCCAUCUCGGUCCCCACCAACUCUCCCUCUCGCCGCUUCGACCUCCUCUUCGCCUCCAAUGGCCGCGCGUCCGCCGCCAUCUUUCGAGCCGCCUCACUCAUCGACUCCAUCCUCUUCCCCAACCCCCUUCUGUACCCACGCAAACCCGUCCGCCAAAUCUCGCUCCAGUUAUCCCCCUGCAACAUCUCCUCUGUUUCCUUCGAUUCCACUGCCGAAAGCUUCACCAUUUUCCUCAGCGCUGAUAUCGCCGCGGAGGCGCUGGCCGCCGCGGUGACGAAAGGGGUGGCGCGGGUUCUGCUAUGGGACGGCGGAGGCGAGGCGCCGAGUGAGAUGAUUGAGGCGUUGGGAAAUUAUUUGAGCGCGGCGGUUGCUGGAGAUUCGUUGGUAUUGAGGGAGACUGGGAGAGAGGAGGGAAAGUGUUUGGGGGAGGCGGGGUUUGUGGAGUAUUGUGAAAGGCAGAUGCCGGGGUUUGUUGCGAGGCUGAAUAAGGGAAUGAGGGACAGGUGGAGUGAAGAGAUGGUGGAUGAUGCGUUGGGUUUUCCGGCCACGAGAGCGUGCGCGGAGUUUCGCCGGCGGCGAGGUGGGGCCGGCGAAAUGGGAGGAGGACGAAGUUGGGCGGCUUCUGAUUAA